AUGGCUAACGUUGCUUUUUUGGACCCUAUGAAGAAUGAACCAAAUCUUCAAACGGCUCAAGAUGUCGAUGAUUAUAUAAAUACACUGACUCAACACUAAAAUGCUUGUGAGAAGCAAGGGAAAUACAUGGAGGCAGAAGAUGCACGGAAAAGAAUUAUUGAGUUGAGGAAGCAACUUAUAACGAAAAAAAAGAAGGAAUUGAUAAACAAUUGGUUGAAUCAAAAAGAUUAGGCUGAGAAGGCUCAUUUGGAAGAAUACAAUUAAUUCAAUCAAUUUUGGGAUAACAAAAUGGUGAAUUUCAAUGAGGAGGCUAAGUAAGUGGAGAUUGAAUUGCAAAAUCGCCAGCAAAAUGAAUAUAAGCAAUUGCAAGAAGAACUGGAACGAACUACUCCUUAUAAACCCAAAGAAUCUUCGGAAGUCUUGAAUCUUAAGAAAAUUGAGGAACAUCUGGCUAAACAAAAGAAUUAUGUAGAUGCACAUGCCAUACAAAACAAACGUGCUUAGCUUGAAGAAGAGGAAGUUAAGUUAUAUUCGACAUAGAGAAGUUUGAAGAUCAAAUCAUAAUUGUAACAAUUCGAAUAGAGACAUUUGAAUGAGUUGAAUGCAUUACAAUAGAGAAUCAAGGCUGGCCAAGAUGAGUUAAGGAAGAACAGGAGUAUUGAUUUGGAGAGGUUGUUAUAAAAGUAUCAAAACAUGAAGAAGGAUUUAGAGUAGAGAGAAUAGAUGGACAUAUUAGCAUUUGAUGGAUAAUUCAAAACCAAAGGGUGUAGUAGUUAGAGUACAUAUAAGAGUGUGAUGAUGAUGGCUAAAAAAUGA